AUGCUGCCCUCUCUAGUCUAGCUUAUGGUAGUUGAGGUCAAAUGUCAAUCAGUACAUGGAGCUCGGAGAUCAAUGAAAACAGUGCAGGCACUGAUGCAGCGCUCAGUGUUUGUGUCUAAUUUUGUGUGGGGUAUAUUUGUCAAUAUACAGCAGAAUGAUGAAUAGUGAAGGUGAUGUUCAAGAGGAGAGCUACAACAUGAAUCCUGUGAGAAUGUUGAAGAUAAAAACUGAGCCAAAAUUUGAAGAUGAGAUUGAGAGUGUGUGGCACAACAUGGCAACCUGGCUGUCGAUGCAGCAACAGAUGUACGGCCCCAAACCACUGGACUCCCUACAAGAGGACUGCCAGACUACAUCUGCUACAGAAGUCAAGCAAGAAUCAGAAAACGCUUGUCCAAGUGAUUUGGAUGAGGAUGAAUUGCAUGGAGAUGGGGAUUAUUUGUUUGUCUCACCAGAAUCAUCUGUUCUACUUCCUAUGCCCUCGCAACAAGAGGAUGGUUCUUCUGAUGAUGACCAGCUAGCUGAAAACCAAGAUGUUAAACCAGUAGAGCUGAGUGCACAUGCAGAGGAGCAAGAGCGUCCUCGUUCAAAUCCCUCGCAACAUGGGGAUGGUUCUUGCGAUGAUAAGCAGCUAGCUGAAAACCAAGACGUGAGACCAGUGGACAUCAAUGUACAUGCAGAGGAGAUUUCAGGAGCAGGCAUGCCAGAUCCAAACCUACUGCCUACACAAGAGGCAACUCCAAAGCAGCAGACGGUGGCUAUCAGUGUCGCCAAUCCGACCACUGAUUUGAACCCUCACCCCAAAUUAAGGAAAAUUUAUCCAAAGUGCGGGUGCGUGGGAUGCACACAACGCAUGCAAGUGCCCAAAAUGAAGCCAGGCAUAAAAUCGAAAAUAGUCAAGCGCAUCACAUGCACAAUUGAUGUAAAUGCAUCAUGGGUUCAAUGCAAGGAUUGCCAAAAGAACCUCCUCUCUGAUACCCUAAUGCCGCACAUGUUUAUCUGCCACGACUACACUUUCCUUGUCCCUCCUCGCAGGUUCAAACCACUAGAUUUAAGAACCAACCUAUGUGAGAACGUUUUGGCAGUAAAGCUGACUUUGAAACCGACGUGCUUUAGACAAUGUCCAGUCUGCACGACCAUGAUCGCCGGCUCUGAUUUGGUGUACCACAUGCUGCAGAACCAUUGGUUCCUUCCGAUAUGUCCGCAUGUAAACACCUGCAAAAGUCCAUUUGCCUCACUGGCCUGCCUCAGACAUCACAUGAGUGAACAGCAUGACAUCAACAAGUACCGGUACAUUGCCCUUGACUCUGCCUUCCACUGCCUUCCACGAGGAUUGCUGCGUGGAUCUUCCAGAAUAAGCAAGCCUGAGAACAGUUACCGUCAGCAUGAGUCACCAGUAGUGGUUCAAGGACUGAAACUAGUCUACCUGAACACACACCCACAACCGAUUUUAACGACAAUUGCACAAGAACCACCUAGUGUGUCAACUCAAGAAUCACCAAUGCAGCAGCAGAAAGUGACUGUUCCAGACGGCAAUUCACUGGCAAGUGACCAAGGUGGACAGCAGUCACUGACAUCUGAUUUGGAACCCGACAGGAACACCAUUUCAGAGUCCACCAUUCCCAAUGACAAGGGUCCUCCGCCCAGCAGCACGAAAAGCCCAGUUGCAAAAGUGAACAAAGGCUGUGAAAAGAAAGACGAUGCUGAUCAAACCUUAGCUAGUGUCACUCCUGAUAAGGGACAGCCAAUACAGCAGCAGAAUACAGCAGCAACAAUACAGCAGCAGAAUACAGCAGCAACAAUGCAGCAGCAGAAUGCAGCAGCAACAAUGCAGCAGUGGAAAGUGACCUUUCCAGAUGGCAAUUCACUGGCAAGUAACCAAAGUGGACAGGAACCACUCACAACUGAUUUGAAACCCGCCAAGAACAUCAUGUCAACGAUUAACCACAAUGGCAAUGAGACAGGUCCUCGGUCCAGCUGCAAGGAAAGCCCAGUUGCAAAAGCGAAAAAAGGCAGUAAAAAGAAAGGCAAUGCUGUUCAAACCUUGGCUAGAGUCACUCCCGGUAAGGAUCAGGCAAAUUGGAUGAAUUGCCCUGACUGCGAUAUGAAUCUCACUGACCGCAGCCUAAUGGGGCACUUGUAUGUUUCACAUGACUAUUGCCUUGUCAUCCCUCCUGGGGAAAGCAAUAAGCCUGAUUUAGGGAUGGACCAAUCUGCUUGGGCUGUGAAGCUGACCAACAAUGGGAAAUCAACUAGACAGUGUCGAAUCUGCAAGAACAGGAUUGAUGAAGACAGCUUGAUUAACCACUUGUUGCACAAUCAUCAUGCCCAGUUGAAAUGCCCAUACGUACACACUUGCAAAUGUACAACUGCAACGCUGAGCGGUCUCAAACGGCAUAUAAGGAAAUGCCACGAUGACAUCCACAAAUACAAAGCACCUGACAAUGCCUGCAACUUCGAACUUCCACCAGUGUCUUCUACAGGAAGUGAGGAUACAAGAAACAAGACCUCAGAAUCGCAAGGAGAAAAUCGAAUCACAACAGAUAAGUGUAUAUCUACACCCAAGGAAAUGGAAGAGGACAACUACACAUCAGUGGAUGGUGGAGCUCAGAAAAGAAACACAAACCAAGACCACUGCAGUCCAAAGAGGAAAAGAUCUAGAUCAACGAAAAGAAGAAAAUCUGGUUCAAGCAAGAAAUUAAAGAAAUACCAAACGGACAAGGAGUCAGUGCCAGAAGAGAGGGCAUCUGAUCAACCAUCAAACGGAGGAGCAGACAGCAAUGAUUUGCCAAGAGAAACCUGUGAUGAAACACUGGAAAAUAAUACAAACCUUGAGGGGCAAUUAAUCAAGGAGGAUCAAAAACAUGAUGGAAUAAAAAGUACAAGAAAUGCCACACAACAGGAAAGUCCAUCCAGCUCUGGGGAAACCAAAGCAAGUGAAAACACAGAAAAGGGAAACGGUACAGCCCCUAAAUGUGCCAUUCCUGUUUUCGAGCACCAGACUUCAUGCAAGUGUUCUUAUUGUGACUUACCCUUCACGUCUCAAGAGCAGCUUCUGGAGCACAUGUUUGCGAUCCACGACUGUUUUUUCAUCGACAGGCAGUGCGACGGGAAAGACAAAACUGUUGCCAUUCCACUGCUACCAGAAUUCCCUGAACCAUGCAUUUCACUAACAUGCAGGGACUGCCCACACAUUCUAAGCACCAGGUCCGAACUGAUCUUUCAUAUGACAACAGUUCACGGCUACCAGUUUGUGUGCCCAAUGGAGAGCUGUUGCCAUCAGCAAUUCCACUGUGAUUCGGGAUACCUCCUUCUCUAUCAUCUACGAAGUGUGCACAAUUUCACAGUAAAGUCUAAUAUCGAAGUAUUGUUUAAACUGAGAGAUCCCACUCAGUUGUUUCAACUGAUACAACCCACGCAAUUGUUUCAAGUGAUAGAACCCACACAGUUGUUCCAAAUUAACCCUAACUCCCUACCAUAAUUUACUAGGAACCGUACCCAUCCUGGCAACCCAAUGUAAAAGACUGUCAGUUUACGGUUACUGUACCCAUCCUGACAGAUUCCAACAAAACAUGCCAUUGGGGUUUGAUGGGUUGAGUUCUGUUAGGGUUAAAGAACCACUCAGUAGGUAAAAGGAGAUUGUACAAGUCAAGACAAGUGGGAGUGUCCAAGAAACAAUUGUCCAUAUAUCUACCUGACUUCUAACAGGCUAUCUGACCGAUAAUCUGCCACCGCAAUAACCCACCGCCGUGAGGGGGCGUUAUCACAACAAACUCGGUGGUCCUGACAUUUGGGGGUUGCUUUUUUUGACUCGCCCUGUAUAGUUCAUUUAAUUCAAAGACAUUCCCCUUACAAACUUUGGCUUUUUGUGUAUAUGUCUCCAUCUGUUUGUUUUCUUCAUGUAAUUAUUACUAUAUAGUGUUUGUAUGAUUUGGAAAUAAAUAUUGAAUUGAAUUGAAUUGAA